CUCGCUGUCUGCUUUCUCAUUCCAACCGACGCUCUAGAACCUUCUUUGUCAAAACUCAACAAAAGCCCUAGACAUCAGUAAAACAGGUUUAAUUUCCUAUAAAUCCCCCAUUUGCGCCCUCCAGUAAACAAGAGGAGGUUCUAGCAUUUUCCACACACAGCAGUGUUACGUUCCUUUUUAUUCACUUAUAAAAUCACUCUCUUCUAUUUCAUUUGUACAGAAAAAGAAGGAAAAAUGGGUGACGAAUUGGCGUUGGAUUUGGAGGAGCUAAGGCAGCUACAAAGCUUAGCCAAGAGGCCAAGAGUCCUCUCGCUCAUCUCCUCUGAGAUACGCAACUUGGAGAAGUUGUCACAGGAGCCUAUUUCUGUGCCUGUUCCAACUCCAACUCAAUUAGCAACUGGAGUCAAGGUGCCUCCAACCCCUGCUCUGAAUUAUGUUACGCUUGGAUCUUUCAGCUGGGAUCAGGACAAUGACAAAGUCAAGAUAUAUGUCUCUCUAGAGGGUGUCAAGCAAGAAAAUAUUGAGACAGACUUCAAGCCAAUGUCAUUCGAUGUCAAAUUCCAUGAUGUGCAAGGAAAGAACUACCGAUGUGCGAUACCAAAAUUGAACAAGGAGAUAGAACUGGAGAAAUGUAAAGUGUUAGUCAAGCCUACCAGGGUUAUCAUCACUUUGUUUAAAGCUUCGAAGGGUAACUGGUUAGACUUGCACUACAAAGAGGACAAGCUGAAGCCAAAUCUGGGUAAGGAUCGAGAUCCCAUGGCUGGAAUUAUGGACUUAAUGAAGAAUAUGUACGAAGAAGGGGAUGAUGAAAUGAAAAAAACCAUUGCAAAAGCAUGGACUGAUGCAAGAUCAGGCAAAGCAGCUGAUCCAUUGCAGGGCUAUCGUUAAACCAAAUUAGAAUUCGUCCAACAUCUUUGAUAUCAUUUUGGCAGAUAAUGUGUUUCCAUGGUUUUUGUGCCAUAAUUUCACGUGUUGCAGCUUGUCGAAAGAUUGUGUGCGAAUGCUUUUUUUUUGGUAGAAUGUUAUGAAUUGCGGGUUUCCUUUUUAA